AUGAUGCUCUUCUCUUGGAGAAUCCAGUCAAUGUGGUCUGUGGUGCCUGUAUUGAAGAGACGAAUUGCACUUCUGCGGUCAUUGUCUCGACCCACAGAAGCUGUACAGGGUUUAAUAGACCUCCUGAAGGCUGCUCCUACAGAUGCAGAGGCAUGGUGUGAAUUAUCGGAUCUAUAUCAGUCCCAGGGAAUGAGUGCUCAGGCGGUAUUUAGCCUAGAGGAAGCAUUGUUGAUUGCACCAAGCUCUUGGAAUAUCCAUGCUCGGCUGGGUGAGCUCCAAUAUCUUUGCGCCGAAUCAUCCAACUUGGAUUCUUCAUAUCAGUUUUUGCGGAGAUCGAUUCGUUCAUUCUGUAGGAGUAUCGAACUUUGUGAUGACUUUCUCAGAGGCUUCUACGGGUUGGCUAAAGUAAGCCACUUCGCUUCUGACCAGUGGUGA